AUGUCUGGAGAGUGUUUGAAAGUUGAUAGAGAAAUAAGAAAGUGUCCGGAUAAGUUGAUCACGAAAGAUCAGGCGGCUGUGCCCUGGACAGCCCACUCCGAGUUCAGCUCCCGCGCUAAGGAGUUCGCCUUCUACCACCAGGGUUACGCGCCCGGGCCUUACCACCACCACCAGCCCGUGCCUGGCUACCUGGAUAUGCCGGUGGUGCCUGGCCUCGGGGGGCCCGGCGAGUCUCGCCACGAACCCCUGGGUCUUCCCAUGGAAAGCUACCAGCCCUGGGCGCUGCCCAACGGCUGGAACGGCCAAAUGUACUGCCCCAAAGAGCAGGCGCAGCCUCCCCACCUCUGGAAGUCCACUCUGCCCGACGUGGUCUCUCAUCCCUCAGACGCCAGCUCCUACAGGCGGGGGAGGAAGAAGCGCGUCCCUUACACCAAGGUGCAAUUAAAAGAACUCGAACGGGAAUACGCUACAAACAAAUUCAUUACCAAGGACAAACGGAGGCGUAUAUCGGCCACCACGAAUCUCUCCGAGCGGCAGGUCACAAUCUGGUUCCAGAACAGGAGGGUCAAAGAGAAAAAAGUCAUCAACAAACUGAAGACCACUAGUUAA